UGCAGUGAGCAAUUCACAUAGAAACUAUCUCUUUCUGACACAUAAUCAAGGUCGAUUUGAUAAAGACCUUUAAUUCUGUUGAUUGGUGCAUUCUUUUUAUGGUCAUGACCAUGAGGGUGUUGGGCUUAGAAAUGGCAACGGGUCGUGUUGGGCGCGGAUAGUGCAUAUCCGUUACCCUACCUAAUAGGGAUGGCAACAAAAUCCGAACCCAUGGGUACCCACCCGAUUUAACCCGGUCAACGCGGGUAAAAUCCGUGUUGACGGGUUUUGGACCGGGUUUGGGUUUAAACCCGUUCACUAUUCACCGGGUUGGAUUGGGUUUGGGUUUAGGUAAACCCGGCCUAUGGGUACCCGCCCACACCCAUAUUAAUUUUCUCGAUAUAUUUAAUAUUCUAAACAACUUGUUUUAUUUAUGUUUGUGGAGACAUGUCUAAUUUUUUCUUUCUAAUUGUGUAAAAUGAAGUUGAUGUUAUCGAGUGGAGUGUGAAGAAACUUAAUUGAAAGGAAAAAAUUUUCAAUUAAUCAUGUUAUUUAUAGAUAAUUUGUGAGUUUGCUUCAAUUUUCUUGAGUUUUCUAGAUUGGUGUUGAACAAUUUGUAUAGUUAAUUUGUGAUUUGCUUGAAUUUUCUAGAAUGGUGUUUUAUAUAUGGAUAAUGUGUAUUGAGAUAUUGAUAUUUGACUUUAAUUUUGAUAGAAAUUUGUUAUUGUAAAAUUUUUACGAAAAAAAACCCGUGUGUACCCAUGAACCCGCGGAUACCCAGCGGGUUGGGUUGGGUUUGAGUUUUUCAAACCCAUGGGUUUGGGUUUGGCAAAACCCGACCCAACCCGACCCAUUGCCAUCCCUACUACCCAAAGCAGUUCGGGUUUUACCGAUACUCAUACCCACUAAAGACAUGGGUAGAAAAUUAAAACCAUGCCCAUACCCGUUCGGGUUUCGGAUAUCCACGGAUAUCCAUGGGUAAUAAAUUUUAGUUAUAACUCAAACCAAUAUGUUAACAUUCACACGUAUUCUCACAUUACAUAAGAGGAAAAGCACGACAAUAAUUCACUAGAAUGAAGAGAAUUAAGUAAAACAACCAAUUGCAUAAAAAUGCUAUAUUUAUAUGCUAAAUAAAAAAUAUGCUAGAGAAAAUUAAUGAUUUUCUAGACAAAAACAUUUGCAUGUGUACAAUCGGACGGGUUCGGGUUGGAUAGUGAGAAAAUCAUGCCCACACAUUACCCACAAUAUUCGGGUUCGGGUUUUACCCAUAUCUAUUAAAAGUCCUUCAAGUUCGGGUUUACCCUACCCGAGUAGGUCGGAUUCGGGCGGUAUCCACGGUUACAGAUAUUUUUGCCAUCCCUAGUUAGGCUUUCAAGAACAUUUGUUCAUUGGAUUCAAACUGGUGUCCACAAAAAUGAAUAUCACGAGGAUUUUGUUGUAACCUUUAUUGCCCUUAGUUUCAUCCUCUACUAUGAAGACAUUUUGAUAUGAACCUUUCAAUAAGGGGCUUGCUAUUUGCCGUCAACUAAAUUGCUAUUUGUCGCCAACAAAAAAAAAAUGGACAUCUUUGGUUAAGGAGUUUCACAAUCUCCAACAUAUCCAACUUUCAGAAAACGUAUUGAAUCAGAAAAAAUCAUCGCUAACCGGAAAAGUCGUCGGAAAAUCAUCGAGAAAGUCGAUCCUCGACGUAAACUGCGGACACGCAUCCAUGAAUCAUCACUAAGCAGGUGCGUCAAUUUUUUGUAGUUUCGAACAUUUUUUCCGACGAUUUCAAACAAACAGACGGUGGGCCAAAAAAUUUCGGCGGCCGGAACCACGCCGGGCCGACGGAAAUUUGUGGCCGGAGCCAGGCUGAGCCACAAAAUGUUUUCGGUUCAGCCCGGCUCCGCCCAUCGAUUUCCGUCGGCCCUGCCUGGUUCCGGCCGCCGGAAAUUUUCGGCCCACAGUCUGUGUUGGAAUUUUUCGGAAAAAAUUGAUUUUAGGGAUUGAAUUUAGAGUUUAGGAGUUGAAUUUAGCAUUUAAGAGUUGAAUUUAGAGUUUAGGAGUUGAAUUUAGUGUUUAAGACUUGAAUUUAGAGUUUAGGAGUUGAAUUUAGCGUGUAAGUAUUAAAUUUAGAAUUGAAUUUAGAGUUUAGGGGUUGAAUUUAGCGGUUAAGACUUGAAAUUAGCGUUUAGGUUCACAGGAAUAUUGAUAUGUUAUAUUGUAAUAGUAGGAAAAAUGUCAGAGUGGUUACCGACCGAUCAUGAUUACAUACAUGAAUUUGAGAAUGUGAUCCAUUAUGCAAGUGUGGAGUUAGCUAAGUUAGUUGGAAAAGCAAUCGCUCGGGAGUGUGGGUUCUUUAUUAUUAGAGGAGCAUGGAAACCGAAUACUACAGCACUACAUCCUGUUACUGCCCUCUGUAUGUUUUGCGACAGAAACAAUAGGAUCGUUAAGUCUUAUAAACCAGACCCUACGAAGGAGACGCGUGGGAAUAUUAGUUCGAAGGGUAUUGAUUGCCAGUUUCGGAUAUGUAUUAAGGAAGUAUGGCAAGGGAAUGGUCCAAACACAUAGGGUCAUAGUAGGAGUGACAAGUCGUGUAACCGGAGCUAAUAGAGGGUUUCACAACCAUGAAAAAGUGUUGUAUCCAGAACAUCACCAACACAACAAACAGUUUAGUGAGGUUGAAAAAGAGAGGUUAAGAUUAAUGAGGAAGGCGGGGGUGAGACCAAAUCAGCAGAAGACGACACUCAAUACUGAAGGGGGUAUGCAUCAUGAUAUCAAACAGAUGUACAACAGAAAUUACAAGACAAGAUUGGAUGAUAUGAGUGAAAUGGAUGCGAUACAGUUUGCGCUUCACGGAGCUGAACAACGUGGGUACCAUAUCUGUUUGCAAAAGGACGCUAAUAAUGUGCUCACUAAUCUAUUUUUUGCGCACCCGACGUCCAUUCAGAUGUUGCAUGCAUAGCCAUACGUCAUCCUCAUCGACUCGACCUACAAGACGAACAGGUACGGCUGGCCAUGGGUUGAGAUUAUUGGGGUUACUCCAGUCAAGAAGAAUUUCAACAUUGCAUGUGUAAUUAUUAAGCAGGAAACAAAGGAAAUAUAUGAGUGGUUGCUGCGAUGUAUUAAAGGGUUGCUCGGUGAUACGGUUCCGAAUGUCAUUGUGACAGACAAAGAAGGUGGUAUGCUUGCUUCUGUUCCUGUGGUCUUCCCUCUCCCACAUACUGUCCACCUACUAUGUUUAUGGCACGUCAACAACUGUGUGAAGAAGAUGUUUGAGCAAUUACUGGGUGGAAUUGCAAAAAGAGAGGUAGCACAAGCGGUAUGGAAAAAUAUUUCGACAAAGUUGCAUGGAGUUGGACUCAAGAGGGUUUUCUUCAAAAGAUUAAUGAGUUUGAGAGGGUCUGGACAGAAAAGAACAUAAAAAUGGUCGACUACGUGCGAGGUGAGUGGUUGCCUCAUCAGACAAUGUGGGCAAAGUGCUACACGAACCAUGUGUUUCAUCUUGGUAACACGAGCUCGAAUAGAGUUGAGUCAUCUCACUCUUCAUUCAAGACUUUCCUUGUGUCUGGUAGAGGAGCGAUUGACACUUGUUUUGCGAAGAACCACAACUACAUGGAACAUCAGUUUCUGGAAGUGGUGAAUGAACUGCACAAGUCACUGAAACACAAUAUGAGUAGGGCAAUUGGGGCUCCGUGCACGUUUUUUAGGAGGGUCGUUAGUUGUGAGGCAAUCAAACUGAUGUUAGAUGGGGCGGCAGAGUUGAAGGACAGUUGUGCGUGUCAUUUUCAGAUGACACAUGGGCUCAAGGUGCUUGUCAGGUUGUUCAAGCUAAGGAAGAAGGACGUCAAUUCUAUGCUCAAGAGUUGCAUGUAUUCUGGCGGACUUUGGAUUAUAAAAACCCCCAGGUCAACAACAAGUCAGUGAUGAAAUUGAGCUUCAACGACAACACUUUAGGCGUCUUACUGUUGAGGUGGAUGAAAGAGGUCCUGAAGCAGCGAGACAAACAAGAGAUGCCCCAAUUGCUAAUUUCUAUUAACUAAUGUACUGAAUAUUAACAUUGAUUGUUAAAUCAAUCAUUAAUUAAUUAAUUUUCUAUUAACUAAUCUAAGUAAUUAAACAUUCAUACACUUAUUACCAAAAAAAAACAUUCAUACACAAAUUUAAAUAAAUAUUAACACUAAUUGCUCAUUUCUAUUAACUAAUUAGGUAAUUUUUUAUUGACUAAUUAAUUAACUAACAUAUAAAAUUAAAUUAAAUUGCUUGCAAAAUCCGGUCGGGCCGGAAAAAAUCUGUGGCCGGUGCGUCGCUGGGCCGAAAUUUUUUUUGGCCGGUGCGUCGUGGGGUCGAAAAUUUUUUGCGGCCGGUGCGUCGCCAACCCAAAAGAUUUUUUCGACCAGGCGGGGAGCCGGUCGAAAAUCUCUUUCGGCCCAGCGGCGCCCCGGCCGCAAAAUUUUUUCGGCCGGCCGACGAACACGCAGCUGGAAAAAUAUUGGCCGGCAUGUUCGACGAUCGGCCGAAAAAAAAUUUGUGGCCGUGACGCUGCCGGGCAAAAAAAAUCUUUCGACUCGGCGGCGUCCCGGCCGUAAUUUUUUUCCGGCCCGCCGUGUUUCUUGCCGGAAAAUUAAACUUACUUGUUUUCCGACGAUUGAGGGCGACGGGAGGUUGGACGGCGACGGAACGGUGUCGGCGACGAAGGCACUGUGCUCGACGACAGAAGUUUUUGUUGGAAUGAGUCAAAUGUUAAUGGUAUCCGAAUUUAUAUAAUGAAAAGAAGGGAAAAUUCAAAAUUUGAAUUUUUUUUAGUUGGCGGCUAAUAGACGUUGGCUCCAAUAAUGUUGUUUCAAUCUAAAUGCUAUUCAUUGAAUAUCUAAAUGGCAAAAAUAAUAGGGGUAACUAGAAUCAAGAAGAAGUGAAUAAGGAUCUUGUGCGUAAGUGUCAUAUCAUAAUCAUAUCCAUGAAUGCUAACUUCUGUGGAGGCAAUUUUGGUAAAUUGUGGCUGAAAAUUUAAAUAUGAAAGGAAGGCGAAGCUGUUGGGUCUAAUCAUGACCCUUCAUAUGUUUUGGUGAGCUUUUUUUCCUGGUAGAUCAGAGAAUGCGGCGACACCUUGGCUCUGGACCAAAUUUCAGAGAGCCAGAGAGAUAAUUGACUGCUCUGUUUACGAGGCAGAACUUAGAUCGAUCACUUGAUCAUCAUCAGAGACAAAACCACUUUUAAAUGUUCCUUUCUUUUCCCCUUUUUUGGGUUCGUUUUUUUCUCAUCGUAACCAAGAAAGACGCCACGCCAGAAUCUGCUGAUCUAGCUAGCAAGCUGAUGAUGGAUGAAAUCAUGAGCAAGCCAGCCCCGCAAUCGAAUUAGAUUCUCAGUUUGAAGCUUCCCCAAUGAAUCUUUGUAUCUGUUGCAUGUCUGCAGCUAGCCAGCUAGCAUGCAUGAAUUGUAUUCUUCUUGCAUGUUCGAUAGAUUCAAAAUUUAAACCUAGCUAGGUGGAAAGAGAGUGGUCUUAUCAUGAUUGUACCUCUCGGAUUCUCUCAACAACUCCAGUUAUUGGGAUAUCAACUAGUUCUUGACAUGAUAUCGGAGUCUUCUGUGAUGGAGAGGUCUAAUCAAAUCCUGAUGUCGAACCUCGUCAGUCGUCAUAACUUUGAACAUGCUGCGACAUUGAUUAAUACGAGAUUGAAUUAUAUUAACUUUUUAUCUGAAAGUAGAUUGGAUUAUGCACAAACCAAAUCUGUUUGAAAUUUUGCGCCUUCCUUGUAGAGAUGGAAAUGCGGCCAAAUGCUGCCACUAACUGCAUGCAGCAAAUAAGGUAGUAGAAUAUGGACAUUUGGAAAUUGCAUGCGCGCUCGCGGCCGGUGGCUUGACCAAGAAUUAAAAGAUUUCGUGUUGGUGAAUUAAGCACUUUUUUAAACAAAGCAUAUUUCUCCACAUGACUGUCACUAUCCUCAGAAUUUCAAAGCCAAGACGACAGAACGCCAUAUAUAGAGAUUUGGGGGGUGGGGGACAGGAAAUCUCCAUCACCAAUUCACCAUUCAGCUAGCUAUAGCUACCUGGCCAAGAUCAAUGUCCCAUUAUCUUACGCACAAAAUAGAUUCCAUUAUCUUGACCAUGUUGUGGAAUGUUGAAUUAUGUGAUUACACAUAUAAAUACCUAUUUUGUCAUUGGUAAACUUUAAUCAACCUUCUCAAGAAAUUAAUACUUUUCCCUUUUUGUCUUUUUGUCUCACGAAAUGAGUGACGGGAUUAGAGAAGUAGGUAUAUGUUAUCUUUGACUUAUUGAACAAAUGACAACAAUACGGUUCAUACCUCUCUAAAUAAUGUUCGAAUGAGGGCAUUUAAUGUUUUUAUGGGUUUUUUAGAACAAGCUACAGUAAUUGACUCUACUCCUAUGGAGGUUCGGUGAAAGUUCCAAAACCUACCUAUGAGUAAUUUGUAAAGAAAAGAUAUAUAAAACUUCACAUGUGUGUCAAAGUGUUGGUUUUGAGAACCUUUGCUUCGUCUUUAUUUCUUAUAUUUGUAGCCAUCAAGUGUAACUGCCUUGGUAACUGAUCCUCUAAAUAUUCUGGUGCUUGACGUAACUUGUUUCUCUAACCCCUCUUGCUUACAUGCAAACCACUGGAUACCUUGAUAGCUUGAUGACUUCGCUUGAUAGGUAGCUUCUUUGUGCCAAUAAAAUAUUUUGCUCGACCACUUUGUCUCUUGCCUGCUAGGUAUGCGAGUCUUGCAUGCUUGAUCAUGAGAUACGACAUGAUGACUACUUAGUUGGAUGUCUCAUGCCUGACACCUAGAUAGUUUGUCAUGCUUGACAAGUGAGGAGUAACAUGCUUAGGGGGUCGUCAUGUCGACUAUAGUCACCGCCUCAUGACCCAUUAACCCCAAGUAACUUGAUGUUCUAUUCCUUAGUGAUAUCCAUGUUGACCCCUUGCAUGACUUUAUGCUUGACACUUGCGUGCACCAAUCCCUUUAGGAUGAUGUCAAGCUUUAGGGAUUGGACGAUGUGGGGGUAUGCAAUGGGGUAUGUGAGGGUUUGGAACAUCGGAGGAGGUGUGUGCACUAUCCCUCCUUAACAUUAUACUUGACACCUAGGUGUUACCAAAUGUGAGGGUGUGCAGGCUGACACUUAGAGCCUCGAUGGGCUUGUUGGGUAGGCACACCCAUGUAACCUAUCAUGCUUUACUAUUUGGUAGUGUAUGUGUCUAACCCCUCAGAUUAUUUCAUACUUGACACCUUGAUGCUUGGGGUUGAUAGAUGGCUCGUUAGGGUGAUAUCAUGCUUGCAGGAUCCUAACAAGUGGAUACCCACGCUAGCCCCUCUUUCACGAUGUCAUUCCUGAUGGGUACUUGAGGGGUACGUAGGCGACGAGGCAUGCUUGAUGGCGUCGACCUAGUCUACACUAACCCUCCUUGGGAUGGCAUCAUGUUUGCCCCCGUAGGAUGAUGUCAUGUUUAGGUUGGGACGAGGUAUACGCACAUCGAUCCCUCUCAGAUGAUGUCAUACCUAAUGGGUCAGCAACAAUGCAGUAUACACUAAUUAAGGUACCUCGCAUGACAAUAUGGGUAUCCCAAAACUCUAUCACUUAAUCCCAACUUAGAUCAAUUUAAUUAAUAUGGUUAAGUUGCCCUUAUAAAUUACAACCAGUCAUCCAAAUUAAUCAAUGUGAUAUUAAGUUAAUGGUCUAUCAAAUCAAUUGUACAUUUUCUUGUAGAUUUUUAGCUGAUGAACAAGCACUACCAUAUAUGAUUAUGUGUGUAGGAUUGACAAUUAAGCUCAUGAACUUGUCUCCUCUUAGCCAAUGAGAUCUGGUGAUCUAUAUAUGCAUAUUUAUAUGUGUGUAUACAGUAUACAUUAUACAAUGGUAAAGACUAGCUUUAUUCCCUCUCCUCUCCCCAUCUUUUGGCUUUAUUUAGAGAGAUUAAAAAAGCAACAUUUGAAGGAGAGAAAAAAAAAAGUUGCAUUCACAUGAAAACUGCGAUUAGUAUUGUACUUAGAUCCCUUCGUUCUCCUUUUUUAAUGCUUUAUUUAUAGCCUAGGGUUAUGGCCAUUGUUUUCAGUAAAUUUACACCCUUUUUCCUCUUCCUUCUUUACCACCAUCAUCGUCCCCUUUUUUUCUUAACCCCUUUUUCCCCAUCCUCUUUUGAUACUUUCCAAUCACGAUGGAUUAUAACAAAGCUUCUUGGAUUCUAUGGCUUGUUAAUUACAUGGUCAUUGCUUUUAUAAUUGAAAAACUCAAGCUAAUAAUAUUAUUCAGGAAAAUAUAUGCAUGCAGAACAAUGAGAAUCCGGAAGAAUUUUGGAUUUAUAACUUGAAGAAUAUGUGAUGAGAAAUGGGUUAACUCUAAUCGUAACACACAUUGCAUACCUUGUAAUUUUAUUUUAUAAAAAUGACGACUAGGUACGUACCCGUGGUUGAACUAUGAUCAUGAUUACUCUAGCGCAAUAUAAUCAAAAUGUCUAAUGUCAAGGUUUUUAAUCAUAAUAAUUAGGUAUUGAGUGAAAUUUAACCACACCUUUAGUGAACUAACAAACUAAACUAGCUUGCUUUUACAGAUCAAAGAGUAAUUUUUUUUACCACGCCACAAUGAUUGGAGAAUAAGCCAGAGUUUACUCCAGCUUUUCUUCUUCUUCUUCUUCUUCUUCUUAAACAAAUGAUGUUAUGAUGAUCACAAUGUGAUGAUUGCAUUGGCUCAUUGAAGUUCCAUAAGUUGUGUAAUGAUUUUGUUUUGGUCAUUGCCUACAUACAUGGCCCUCAGUCCUGGGAAGGAGAAGUGUGCUUGACAAAAGGUGCAUGGAAGAAGUGCACUUUAUUCAUCUGAUCCUGCCGUUUUGGUCUUUUGAUUUCAUCUUUUUUGUAUAUGUGUAUUAUCUCAGAUUAAUUAACAUUUGAAAGAACCUUUAUUUUGAACAAAAACUAUAAUGCUUUUAAACUCUUAACAAACUUUGUCUUUGUUUGAUUCGUCCCGAAAUGUGGAUGUAAGAUGACUUAAUAUAUUACAUUACUAUUUUGUGAUAAAAUUACAUAUCGUGAAAAACGAUGAAUUUAGUAUUUCAGGAUUCUCCUCACUUUCAUUUUUAAUUAUUGACAAUUGUGAUUUAUCUAUCUUUUAUAAGUGAUUAGCGAAAAUGGUAAUUGAUUGAGAUCGAUAAGUUUUCUCUAUUUCCAACAGAAAGGAGUCAAUAUGGGCAACUGGGCUGCCCAUAGAGUGGCAAGACAAGCCCUGCUGCUGUCCCCUUUAGAGAUAGCGUCCUUCGAUUUUGUAGGGUGGCUCCACUAAUUGUCUUUUUGGGAUUUUGGGUAGAGGAUUUAACUUUUUUUUUAUAUUACUUGGAAAAAAAAAACAGAAAGGAGUCAAUAUGGAGCAUUGGGUAAUUGGCACAUAAAUUACAGGAUUACUUUAGUAUAUUUCUUCUUUAUUACAUUUGAAACAACGUAUAUAAUAUAAAGUUGCAACCCAAAUGCAUGGAAAUUAAAGCUAAUUCUCUCUAUCUCUGGUAAUUGGCUUCCAAUCAACAUGUUACAUGUUUAAGGAAAGCUGCCCCCGCCAAGGGGGAGAGCAUCUCGUUUGAAUUCCUCACUGCAAGCAUCAAACCUCAAAUCAAUUUUGAACCCCCAAUAAAGAAACUCAAAGAAUCAUCAUGAUUGUCAUCUUGGGGUUAUGGUAUUAUAUCCAUUUAAUUUAACUUGUCAUCGUCAUCAAUGGUUAGAAGUUUCUGUAAACAUCAAAGUGGUAUUUUUUUUUUAAUAACGAUGACAUAAGUUUAUUUUAUUAUUAUUAGAUGCUAUUGAACAUACUCAGAACAUGUAAUCUCUAUAUUAAAAUAAGUCAAUGCAGUAUUUAAACUAGUUGGCUCAUAUUCAUUUUUGUCAUUGCAAAUAUCGAAAACAUGCGACAAUAAAACAAUCAUGAAUGUAUAAUUAACGUUUACUCUAUAUUAAUGUUUACAUAAAUGUAUAAUUAUAAAACUAACUCAAUGUUGGUAUACUCGAUGAAGUAUUAUUAUUACUAAGCAUCCUUAUCUACAAUACAUAUAUCGUUUUUAUUUUAUUUUAUUUUGUUCUCUACGAUAAGAUCGCCCAGAGGUCGUUUCCAACACUCUCACUCUUGUUUUAAUCAUUCUUACUCUUGAUACUAUGUACUCUCUCUCUCUCUCUCUCUCUCCCUCCCUCUCUCUCUCUCUCUCUCUCUCUCUCUCCACUUCCACAUAAACACAACAUAUCUGGUUGCAAGUAUGUUCGAUCAUUCACGUCACCCGCUUCGAAUUCCUAUCUUGAAGUCAACAAUCACUCUCUUCAUGUUGCUAAACCUAGUUCAGAUUUUGGACUGAUAGAUCAACAGCAAAAUGAUGUGUCGAUGACUGGUUGGAUUAUUGAGAUCAACGUGAACUCAUUGGGAUUUGUGGCCCUAAAUUAUGAUUUGAAUCAAGCUCAAUUAGUUUAACACAUAGGAUGUUUCUUUUCUAGGCUAGUAAAGAAACUACACAAGUAGUCCCCACCAAGAAUGGUGUGAUGAUUGAAGGAAAAAGGGGGGAGGGGAAGAAAUAGUGCCAGAAAUAGAAGCGGGGAGGCAGUUUGUUUGUGGGAGCAGGAGGAAUCGAUCCUUUGCUUGUGGGAAGAGGAUGCUUGGAGGAAGUGCAGUCCUGUCCUGUCCUAGUCUUUGAAUUGUGGUGGCGGUGGUGGGGGAUGUUGUUUGGUCCCGCAAAGUUUGAGUGCUCUUUCGAUAUGCCUUCUUGCCUCUUUAUCGAAAACCGCCCUACUAAGUUUUUAAACCCCUCCACCACAAAGUUUGGCUAAUCGAAUUUCACGAGCGGUUUGAUUGUUCGACUCGAGAAAAUCUCGUUCAACACUUGACUCGCGUUAGUAAAUAAGUUCGGUAUGAGUUAUGUCUUGUUCCGCUCACAAGGAUUAUAUAUGAACCCGCUCGACUCGCUGUAGCUAGUUGAACUCAGCUCAUGAUCAGCUGGCUCACGUUUGAGCACGUAAGUUGGUUCGUUUUGAGCUCGUAAGCUGUGACUUACAGACAGUGUGGCUAACAUGACCGUUCAAAUAACUGAUUACGGUAAAAUCAUUCUAUAAUUUAUGAGUUAACUUGUUGAUAAUUUAUAAAUAUGUUAGAUUAUUAUAUAUCUUGCUACAAGUUAUGUUUAAUAUUAUAUAGGGGUCGUUUGGAUGGAUGAAAGUGAUGAGUCAAUGUGCUCCAAUUGACUCAAAAUGAGAGAGUUGGGCCAAAAUCCCAUUUGGCUGCAAAAUGUAGGAAUGAGGCAAUUGGACAUGAGAUAAUUGAAAUUGCUUCAUUAUGGGUCAAUCACAAUUACUUGGGUGGGAGGGAGGUAAUCUACAUUACACCAUUUUGUGGGUCACUUUUCCCAAUCUAACCCCUUUAUUUACUAUUUUUUUUUCUUUCUUAAUUUUUCCAAGAUGGAGAAGGACAAAAGUAUGAGGGCAAAUAUGUAUUUUCAUAAAAUGCAUCAUCACAAUUGUCUCAUGCCAAAUCACAAGCCAAACAAGACAAUUAUGUAAACAUUUCCUCAUACAAUUAGCUCAUUUUCUAAAAUGAGACUUUUGUCCCAAAUUGCCUCAUUUUGAGAAUGUUCCAUCCAAAUGACCCUAUGAGUAUUUUGAGUAAAUAUGUCUUAUUUAU